GGUGUAGCAACUUUCAGGAGCAAAAUGUACAGAUGAUCGUGGUGAUAUAGAGAAGUGUCUUCAGUGUUGUGUGUUUUGGAAAUUUUCAAACAUGGGAAGUGAUUACGGUUCUGGGAGCAUGUCCUUGCGCUUGAGGGACGGUGAUCGAGUCGGCGGGCAGCAAUCUAUCAUCAAAGCUCUGAACAGUUUCGUGAAGGCCGUGAAUGUCAUGGAUCAGACCGUGAUGAUACCCAGCCGUUUACGGGAUAUGGACGUUACGGUGAACUUGAAAUCCGACGGGAUGAAAAUCCCCGUGGAAAACAAUAACGAGUUGGCUAUUCUGCCGGCUGGGGGCUCGCAGCACGCGAAUCUGUACGGGUUUUAUACUAUGCUUCACGCUAUUAAACACGAACUUGUAAGCGGCGGCCGUAUAGAUGAUUCUGAGGAUGGGGCGCACGAAGGGGGUGUCGGCGGCCUCGGCGAAGACUCGGGCGAGUCCGUGGACUCUGAGGACUCGGAUUCCCGACCCACGGCAGCAGCUUUUCGUCAUCAUCUUACCAGUCUGUUGGGUAUGUUACGUCAAAUGACGGCCACAGCAAACUAUCUGACCACACGAUACGAGCACGAUCUAGGCCAGGGUCCACAGCAGUAUUCCACAUGGGCGAUAUAACAUAGGUAGGCCUUGUGGUGUGCAAUCCUGUGCGUUCAGGAAAGGUGUUAGAUGAAUUUUACUGAACACACACACGAAAAACAGCUGAUGGUAUAGAUGUGCUUAAAAAAAUCCGCGAGUAGAAGAAGAGAGUUGUGGUGCUGACUUUAAAAAAAAAAAAAAGACAGAAAAGGACAACGUGUUACUGGUAAUUUAUUGUCCGAGAACAUUUGUUGUGAGAGAGAAUGAGUAGAGUACGUGAAACUUCAGUCAAAAGUUACCGCACUUAUAUGCACGUGGGGCGUUUACCACGCCUCGUGAAACCAUCGUGUAGAUCGACCUACAUAUAAUUAGGCUUAACCCCGAGCUUCUGUGUAAGCAGGCUCUCCCCUAGGUAUCCGAGUGCAGACCACAGAAACUGUCUCACACGUUCACAUUCUUGGAUUCACUUUGAUCUACAUCCGUCUCAGGCAGUUUUGGUGUUGGUCUUUGCUUUAAUAAGAACAGAAACAAUGCAAAUAGCUAAUCAUUUUUUUCUUGUGUAAAUUUUCAUCGCAUAGACACAUACGCAAUAUGAUGUUCGUGCACGCAUGUUACAAUCAAAGGAUGAGAAAAAUGUGCGGACGACGCUACUAUUGUGUAAAGGUAGACCCAAUAUGGCGUCCAAAACGCCGGAGUAACAGUGCAAACGUUUUUACACCGUGAAAUUCGCACGAUAUCAAUAUUUGUGUAACUUGAAAGUUAGUUGUACUAUAACCUGAGCAAGCCCGGUGACCUAACUGUGCCUUUAGUCCGAUUUGAAACCAUUAUUGUCAUGUUCAUUAUGUGAACCUUAGUUUAUUCAGUUAUCAUUUGUGUGUUACUGAGUGUGGUUUACUGCUCAAAAUGCUAUUUAGGUAGAAAAGCAACGUUCUAAACGUGGUUCUUUACUUGAAAAUGUUUCCUUGUUGAUGGCCGUAUGUGCGAGAUGUAAAGCUGACGGCGGCUGCCUUUGUUGUCGUUGAACCGCUUCCCUAUUAUGUCAUUCAGCUAUUUAAAAUGUUUGUGUAAAAUUGUUUUUGGUAUAAUUCCGUUUCAACAACCUGUCAGUUGGCAUUGUGCUCUCGGUGAAUUUCGUAUAUGUAUUUAAAUUCAAAGUUAUUCUGUACGGCAUUGUAUGGUUCAAAUGUUAACAGUGGGUCCAUAUUCUUUAUUUCCUAAGGCUGUUUUAGCGUUGUUAUCCUCAAGUCUAGAAUGUUGAUGUGUUCUUACAGUAUGCAUGGUGAGGUUUUCAAGGUUUUUCAAGUUUUGAUGGCCUGAGAACUAAAACUGCUUUGGGGUAAAGGGCCUAGCUGAAAGGCUUGAGGUAUCAAAUGUUGUAUAUCUCUUUAUUUCAUGUGCGUACCAGACAAACCUGGGUUAAAGUCUUAUGUUACUGUAAAGGUUUUGAAAAGAUCAGUGAUCUGCAACAAGGCUCUAGUUAUUUGUCAAGACACAAAGACAUAGGUUAAAGCUGAACAUCCGCUUAUGAAUAGUAACACAUUGCACCGUGCUCCAGGGCUAUACAUUUGUGCUUAACGAUCUAGUCUCCCGUGUUGCUAUGUAGAGCAGUCGGUUUAUCAUAACAAGUGCUGUUUGUGGCCAUGACAUUGGUUCCGUAUCGGCUGUCAGGUCACUGCGGCACUUUAGGCACCAGCCCACUUAGUAACCGGUGUCAACAUAUACCGGUUGACAAAGCCUAUUCUCUGCAUGGUUUUCUAAAUACAUUUAAUACCAGAACUCUGUUCAGUUAUCUGUGAAGCUUUGGUCUGUGUACUUUCAUUAUUGACCUUGAAUAAACCGUGAAGAAGUUGAUAGGAUAGUUUAAAAUUUACUCACACAACCUGCAAUAAGCACACAGCCUUUAUAAUGUCAUCGUCCAAUUUAUUGCCGUCUGGGAUCAGUAGAUCCAAGUAUUGUAGGUAAUUCGUUCGUAUUAUUCAGUCUCAAUUGUAGUUCUUCAAAGAUUAUUUCAACGCGACCGGUUUUUUUUACAGGUGUGCUCCAAAGCUAAUCCAUACAACCUCUGGUCUCCACUGGUGAUUUUUGUUGGGAGCGUUGUUAGAAUUCGUAUACUACUUCGUUUGAACCGUGUCGUUGACGCAAAAGUUUCGUGUCAAUAAGGUGCAAAACAUUUGUUAAAUAUUCAUUGUCACUGACGCAAAGUGCUAUACAGGUAAAUGUUUUGGAUUCGUUUAUCGCCCUUGAAUUGUUGAAGAUUGUAAUAUUAUUUUGAGAAUCAAUGUCAGAAUUGUUUUUCAUGUGAUUGAAGGUUUCAUUUUAUUGUGCAUGGAAUGUGUUGUCUACACGGUGUUCACGCCUAUGAAAGUGAAUUGGCUUUUGUAUGCAGGUUUUGAUCACCUUCGUGGGCUGUGCUGGUUUCGUUGGGUCUUUUUGAGCUUGUUGUUGUUUGCUAUGGCAAAGGAUUGUAUUAUGCUGUAUACUGCAAUGUAGCAUAUAUUUUUUGCGAAGGAUAAGGUGUAGGUGAUUUUGUUUUGCUCAUUUUUGUCCUUUAUCGACUAAUGGAGUACCUAAUGUCUCUAAUGUACACUUUUAAGGAAGUGGUCUAUACGAAUGAUAAUACUGUUAUACGAAUAUACAUUUACCUUUGUGUACAUGUCAUAUAUGCGAUAUCAGUAGUGUACGGUUGGUUUAUUUUUCAAAAGAGAAAGUCGCACUGAAAGUUGAAAGGCUUAAAUAGCGUAGAAAGGCUUAAAUGGCGUAGAAAGGCAUGAAUAUGAAUUAUGAAAUGUAUUUUCUAGCAUUUCAUGUGCCUCGUGUACACUGGAUGAUCUGUGGUUUGAACUUGCUCUUUGUCCGACGGAAGUCCAUUGAUGAAAGCCUGAAAGCAGAAAAAAAUGAAUUCAGUCUCCGUUGUGAAACGUGCCAGACAUGAUGGAGCGUUGUUGAUACAGAUCCAUUUCGUAACAUGUAUGUUUUGGUCUUGUUUGCCAUUCCAUCUGGCUCGCAUGCUCACCAGCCAUUAAAUGCUAUUUAAUUUCAUCCUGAUUAUGUAUAUAUAUA